AGUAUGAGAGAAAAAUUAUUAAAAUAAAAUAAAAUAAAACUUAUAAACAAAUGCUAAAAAAUUUUGAUUAAUCACAUCACGAAUAAAAUUGGUCAAGUGUCCUUUUUAUAAUAGGAGAAUAUAUAUUUUCAGAGUUUACUUAAAAUGAAUGCAAAAAAAAUAUGUGUGGAGAAAGACCAACAAAUCUCUGAUGAUGGUGACAAGGAUCCAAAAGUCGUCAUCAACUCACUGGACUACGACUCAUUAGCUAAAAUCAUCAUGUUGUUGCCAAUACCAGAAAGGAUAGACAUGGAAAAAGUUUGUACCAAAUGGAAAGAGGCAUGUCAAAUAGCUUGGUAUGACAUCAAAAAAUACAAAUGUGAAUCAUCAAUUGGACGUUGUUAUGAUAACCGUUUGUUGACACAAUCAUACCUUGAAAAAAUAUUAUCAAGAUGUGGCAAUUAUCUAAAGGAAUUGUCUCUCUCAUAUGUUUGCAAUUCAAGUAUCAUGCCAUUUGUUGGUGAUCACUGUAAAAAUUUAACAACCUUGGAAUGUAAAUUUAAUGACAAUUCCUUAAUUGAACACUUUAUUCAGGCAUUUAUACAGUUGGAUAAAUUGAAAUGCAUCAAAAUAACGGUGGAUCACAACUACUUGAAUGAGACAAUUAAUUUCUCUGCAAUAAGUAAUAGCCUUCCCGAAGAAAUUAAUGAAAUUCAUUUAUUUUCUAAACCUCUGUAUUGCCAAAAACAAGAUAUUUCUAUGAGUCUACAAAGAUUCAGAAAUCUUCAAAAAUUUACAUUGGUUGGUCUCUGUUUAGACAACAUAAACCUUCAAGAAAUAGCACUCAUAACAACACUUGUUUAUCUUAAGAUUGAAUUAUAUAAUGAUCAUAUGUAUAUACCAUUAAUUCUAUUUAAUAAACUCGUUAAUUUGGAGUAUAUCGACUUAACGUUGGGUAUUUGGUGUGAUUUGUCCGUUAUUUCUACAGAAGUACUUGAAACUAUUUUUUGUACAUGCAAAAAUCUAAAACAUCUUUAUAUUCCAUUUGGUUCUUAUGAUGUAGUUAAAAUUCCUCUUAAAAAAUGGAUUAACCGUCGAAAUUUACAACAUCUUGGUAUUGCUUGUAAUAUAAUGCCUGACUUAGCAAGUACAAUUGUUGAAUAUUGCAAGAAUUUAAAACACUUGAAGAUACAAAAUGCUAAUCGCUUGAUGAAUGAAACUGCUUUGAAAAAGCUAACAGAGCUGGAAAAUCUUGAAAGUUUGUCAUUGGUUUAUAAUAUUAUGCUUAGUGAAGAAUCAAUAAUUGCCAUUUCAAACAACUGUAAAAAACUUAAACGUUUAGAAAUUCCUGAUAGCGUUUUAGUACCAUCUAUUGAUGGUGAGCCACUUUCUUCUCCAUCUGUUCUUGAUGAGUUAUCAAAUUUGCAAUAUCUUGAACAUCUUAAUUUACAUAAAUUUAUUUACCUACAUGAGGGAAUAAAUCUUGAAGAUAGUACAAUCAUUGCGAUUGCUAAUAAUUGUAAAAACCUAAAAAUAUUACAAAUUCAAAAUCACAGAAAUAUUACUGAAAGAGGUCUCGUUGCUUUAAAGAACUUGAAAAAUUUACAAAAACUAGACGUCACUUCCCUCAAUAUUACAGACGAUUUUAUUAUCAAAUUAAAAGGCUUAAAAAAAUUGAGAUGUUCUAAAUGCCAAAAACUUACUAAUGCUGGUAUUAUUCAAUUUAUAAAAAAUAACCCAGAUCUUGAAGUAAUUGAUGUCAGCGGUAUAAAGAAUAUUACAAUUGACUUGAUUAUUGCUGCUGAUCAUGCAACUAAAAAUCGUAUGAAUGGUACUAUUUUACACUUAACAAUAAGUGUUCCGUCAAUAAAACUAUCUUUAACAAAACCAACAAUUAAAUCUCAAUGGUUGGCUGUUAAAUAUUUAUAA